AUGAUGGACAGAAAACUUGAGAGACUAAGAGCAGAUAUCAGGGAAGAGAACAGGGUUCUCGUGGAACAGUUAGAAGGGAAGAUAUUUGAUUUAGAGAAGGAGAACGAAUUUCUGAGGAGAAAGGUAGAGGAGCUGGAAGAACACACCAGGAAUUCUGAACAGUCCAACGCCUCUUUGGACUACAAGUUAAACGACCUGGAGCAACACGGAAGAAAGAAUUCCAUUAGGAUUGUUAGUGUGGAAGAUAAAAACGAUCGGGAAUCGGUGGAGGAGUGUGUCGAGAAAGUCGUGACUUUGGUCAAGAACUCAUUGAAAGUGGACAUAAACGAGAAUGAUAUAGACAUUGCCCACCGGCUGGGUAGAUUUAACAGUGACAGGCCAAGGACCAUAAUUUGUAAGUUCACACACCGAAGGAAAAAGACACAGAUUCUCAGCAAGCGCCGGAACCUAAGAGGAUCGAAAAUUGUGAUUUUCGAGGACCUGACCAAACGAAACCAGGACAUCCUAAAGCAGGCGUAUAGACUAAAGAGUGUGAAGCAUUCAUAUAGUGUGAAUGGAAAACUGUUUGUGGUUUUAGAGAACGGAAAAAAAAGAAGACUGGAAUAUGAUACCGAAUUAUCGGACAGCUACUUAGCAGAUGACAGAAACCUCCGAUCCGGUAGUGAUUAUUAUCAGUAA